UAAUCAAAUACAUAAAACCUUUUCAAUAUCCACGAGUUUCAAAUUCCGAACGAACGUUCAGCUGUCAAUGUUUCACCUGUCAACUUGUCAAAUGCAUGAAGCUAGUCGUCCAAACGGCUAUCGAAAUAAUUUGUGAACAUAAUUUUAUUUUGUAGCCAACGGAAUUAUGUUCCGUGCUUCUGGUGGCGUUAUUAAGGAUACUCUGUUCAGAUCUGAAAAUAAAAUUGUUAAGAGUGUAGCGGUUCCAACUGCAGACUACGUAUGGAGACAUGACCUAACACGUACGUUUCGCUCCAACGUACCCAACACGAAGGCGAAAUGUGACAAACCAGCCAAGCAGAGCGAGACCAGGAAGUAUCCUCCAAUAUUCCCGCACGUGAGCAAGGCCUACAAGCUGGAUGAAGUCAGGAGAUACUCCCCCUUCCAUUUCCCCGGCCAGUCUAAGCUCGAAUGGGUUGUAGCCCGCGCGGACGACAUCCUCAACUGGGGCCGCAGGAAUUCUUUGUGGCCGAUAACUUUCGGGCUCGCGUGCUGCGCUUUGGAGAUGAUGCACUAUGCUGGACCCAGAUACGACAUGGAUCGUUUCGGCAUGGUGUUCCGGGGCACACCGCGGCAGACCGACGUGAUCAUAGUCGCCGGUACUGUCACAAACAAGAUGGCGCCGAUUCUACGCAAAACGUACGAUUUGAUGCCGGACCCUAAGUGGGUAGUGUCGAUGGGAACCUGUGCCAAUGGGGGUGGCUAUUACUAUUACACGUAUUCCACUUGCCGUGGAGCAGAUAGAGUUAUACCGGUCGAUAUAUACGUGCCAGGCUGCCCACCGACGGCCGAAGCCCUCCUGUAUGCCAUGCUUUUACUGCAGAAAAAAGUAAAGCGUAUGAGAAUCUGCCAGAUUUGGUACCGGGCUUAGAUAUUGUAUUGCCAUCUUUUGGAUUUUGUUUUAGGAAAUUUAUUUGAUUUAACGAAUUAUGAUACUGAAUAAACAGCUGUGAGUAGUAA